AAUAUGUAUACUGUGGAAUUUUUAGUUUUAGUUUUCCACACAACGUGUUUUAACAUUUUUUUAAUUUUUAAAAACAUAUUUCAGACAUUUUACAAACACAGAGAUAUUAUUUAUUUGUUUGUUUGUUUGUUUACAUUUUCCAUACUCCAGUCCACAUUUUGCACAGUGCACUAUUUAUUUAUUUGUUAUUAGCAGUAAUAAUGAUGAGUCACAGUUGAAUUAUAAAGACUUCAUCUGUCGUUUCUUCUCCCCUGAAAGGCAGCUGGAGCCUCACACCAGUUCAGUUUAGAGAAGAAAACCGGUGAAACCAGUCCUGUGGUUCUGCUGGUUGUUUGUUUAACUUGUAUCAGAGUGUGUUGAGACGAGGAUCAGAAGCAGGCAGCUGAUGAUCUGAAGCUCUUAUAUAACUAGAAUCAGUGUAAGUUUGUGCACAAGCAGGAAAAGUCUGAGUGGAAUACAGUAAAUGAGCAGAAAGCAGCCGUCAGCCAAUAGAUUCUCUGGAAACGAUGCUCACAUGGCGUCUGGUGACUCAUUGAUUUGGAGGAUGAGAGGAACAAACCACCUACCGACUGCCAAACCUCUGUCCUCCUCCUCCCUCCUCAUUCUUUCCUACAUGGGCACUUCCAGACCGAGCAGCAGGACUUAGAGAAGCUCCCAGAGUCUGAAGAAAACACCUAGAAACUCUACAAACCUCCAGCAGCAGGACUUAGAGAAGCUCCCAGAGUCUGAGGAAAACACCUAGAAACUCUACAAACCUCCAGCAGCAGAACUUCCUCCUCGUCUCAGCGGCUUUAAAAAGGCAUUAAAGGUGAAAUGGCGACGCCCAAAAACACUCCCCGAGGUGCCGGCACGCCUCUGUCUCCCAACCGCAUCACCCGUCUGCAGGAGAAGGAGGAUCUGUGCAACCUGAACGACCGGCUGGCCGUCUACAUCGACAAGGUGCGCUCCCUGGAGGCCGAGAACGCCGGCCUGCGCCUCCGCAUCACCGAGUCCGAGACGGAGGUGAGCCGCGAGCUGACGGGGCUGAAGGCCGCCUACGAGACGGAGCUGGCCGACGCCCGGCAGACGCUGGACUCGGUGGCCAAGGAGAGAGCCAGGCUGCAGCUGGAGCUGGGGAAGCUCCGGGAGGACCACAAGGAGCUGAAGGCCAGGAACACCAAGAAGGAGUCGGAGCUUUCAGCGGCUCUGCAGAGACUCAAAGACCUGGAAGCUCUUCUGAACUCCAAAGAUGCUUCUCUGACCACAGCUCUGGGAGAGAAGAGAAGUCUGGAGGUGGAGAACCGAGACCUGAAGGCUCAGGUGGCGAAGCUGGACUCCAGUCUGGGCGACGCCAGGAAGCAGCUCCAGGAUGAGAUGCUGAGGAGAGUCGAUGGAGAGAACCGGAUCCAGACUCUGAAGGAGGAGCUGGACUUCCAGAAGAACCUCCACUCUGAGGAGCUGAGGGAGGUCAAGCGGCGCCACGAGUCCCGGAUGGUGGAGCUGGAUAACGGACACCAGCAGGAGUUUGAGAGCAAACUGGCUGAAGCUCUGGUGGAGAUGAGGAACCAGCACGAUCUGCAGAUCAAGAUGUACAAGGACGAGAUCGAGAAGACCUACAACACCAAGCUGGAAAGCGCUCGUCAGUCUGCAGAUCGUAGCAGUCAUCUGGUCGGAGCUGCUCAUGAGGAGCUGCAACAAACUAGAAUCCGUCUGGAAUCAACAUCAGCUCAACUCAGCCAGCUGCAGAAACAGCUCUCAGCCCGCGAGGCAAAGAUCCGAGACCUGGAGGACGCUCUGUCUCGGGAACGAGACUCGACUCGCCGCCUGCUGUCGGAUAAAGACAGAGAGAUGGCAGAAAUGCGUCAGCAGAUGCAACAGCAGCUGGACGAGUAUCAGGAGCUGCUGGACGUAAAGCUGGCUUUGGACAUGGAGAUCUGCGCCUACCGCAAACUGCUGGAGGGAGAGGAGCAGAGGCUGCGUCUGUCUCCCAGUCCUCCUCCCACCAGGGCGGCUGGAAGUCGGACCUCUAACUCGGCUCAUUCCCGCCUCGUCCACUCCAGCGCUCAGGCUUCUCCGGCUAAGAGGCGCCGGCCCAACGACACCGACAGCGAGGCCUCCAGCUUCGCCGGGGGAGCCGUGGCCCGGACCCGGAUCACCCAGCAGGCCUCGGCCAGCGGACGGGUCACCGUGGACGAAGUGGACCUGGACGGGAAGUACGUGAAGCUCAGCAACAAGUCGGACGAGGACCAGAAUCUGGGGAACUGGCAGGUGAAGCGUCAGGUUGGAUCUGGGACUCCGAUCAUCUUCAAGUUCCCUACUAAGUUCACCCUGAAGGCGGGUCAGAGGGUCACGAUCUGGGCCUCUAACUCUGGUGGAACCCACAACCCUCCAUCUGAGCUGCUGUGGAAGACCCAGUCCUCCUGGGGAACCGGGGACUUCCUCCAGACGGUCCUGAUCAGCGCCAGCGGAGAGGAGAUGGCGAUGAGGAAGGUGACCCGCACACAGUUUGAUGAAGAUGAUGAUGACAUGCAGGUGGCCCACAGCACCUGUGGCGACAGCGAGUACAACCUGAGGAGCCGAACCGUCGUCUGUGGAUCCUGUGGACUUCCUUCUGAUAAGUCCAGCAGCUGCUCCGUGUCCUCGGCCUCCAGGUCCUUCCGCAGUGGAGGCAUCUCCGAGGGCUUACUGCCCCACUCCUACGUCUUCAGCACCAGCACACCUCGCAAGACUGGAGGCAGGAUGGAGAACUGUCCAAUCAUGUGAACACCUGGAUCCAUUUUAAAACACUUUGACUUUAGUUACUUUUUAGUUACUAGUUACUAUUAGUUGUAGUUAUUAGUUUGGUUCAUGUACUUUGGAACAAUUUUUUUUUUUUUAACUUUAUACUGCUUUUUAAUAAUACAUGCAAGCAUACAUAUGGAACAUUUUUUGUAGUUUAAAUGCUGGUUGAAGCUGUAACUUUUUGUAUUAAUGACAGUUAAGGUUAAAUAUCGACCAGCAGGCAGUAAAAAGCAAUAAAAGCAGAACCAACCAAUCACUUUUCAUUUUAAAAGUUUUGUUUACAGGUAGAUAAAAACCAGGUAACACUAUAUCAUUUAUAUAAUCUACCUUUUGCAGAUAAAUCUGAUCUGUUUUGUUAUCCUCCAUUGACAAACAGAUGCAGCAGGGUUGCGAUUUAUUUACCUUUUUUGCCAUUUUUUUUGAUUGUAUUAAAUCUGCUCUUCCAAUAAAACAUAUUGACCCUAACCUUGCUACAGAUUUACAGAAUAUUGUGUAUUUUUGCUAUUAUCAAUAAAGAUGUUUUCAGUAAA